AAGUUGUUGAAGGCGUUUGCCAAGUGCUUCGGUGUAGCGCGCAUUUGGCCGAUGGGUAGCAAGCUUGGGAUCGGCUAGUGGAGCGAGAAGCCGAAGCUCGGUUGUACAUCCCCAUUCGGUUAUGUCAUACCUUCAUAGCGUGAGAUAUCGGUUGUACAGACACUCCUACAUAGUGCUGAUCAUACGUCCUUGUUGAAAAGAGCUGUGAAGCGAGGAAGGAUGUCGAUUUCAUUUUGCAAUGCGGUGCACCGAGCAGCGCUCUUUUCGCGGUGCUACACAAACCCCCAAACUGUUGGUUUGUUUGGACGAUGGCGACCUUUCUCCACAACAAGGAGUACGCGCAUCAUGGAAACCACCGGGUUCACAGAGACACAACUUGAGGUCCGAGAAGCUGUAGGUGCGAUCUGUUCGCAGUUUCCCAACACGUACUGGCAAGAGCGCGACCAGAGCGGGCAAGACCCAAAGGACUUCCACGCAGCUCUCGCAAAAGACGGAUGGCUGGGUAUUGCGCUUCCAGAAGCCUUCGGUGGCUCAGGCCUUGGGAUCUCCGAAGCUACCAUGAUGAUGCAGACGAUCGCAGAGUCUGGUGCAGGCAUGGCUGGCGCGCAAAGCAUCCAUGCCAACGUAUACGCAACGCAGCCGCUCGCCAAAUUUGGAUCCCAGGCGAUGCUCGAGGAGACGAUUCCCAAGAUCGUGUCAGGGGAGUGGCGCACCUGUUUUGGCGUCACGGAACCCAAUGCAGGGCUUGAUACAUUACGACUGAGCACUACCGCAAAGAAGAUGGAUGACGAUACGUACAGCAUUACCGGCCAGAAGAUUUGGAUCACGUGCGCACAGGUUGCCCAUCGCAUGAUCCUCCUCGCGCGCACCACACCUCGCGAGGAAGCUGCAAAACCAUCACAGGCACUUUCAAUCUUUUGCAUUCCCCUUGAUCGAUCUGCACCAGGACUCGACAUGCGCAAGAUUGCGAAGAUGGGUGGCCGUGCGGUCGACGCGAACGAAGUGUUUUUCGACGAUUACCGCGUGCCGGCGUCUUCGCUCAUCGGUAAAGAAGGCCAGGGUUUCCAAAUAAUCCUGCAUGGCAUGAACGCAGAGCGGUGUCUGCUGGCAGGCGAAGCACUGGGGUUGGGCUACGUGGCGCUCGCAAAGGCAGCGGCGUACGCGCGCGAGCGUACUGUAUUCAAUCGCCCCAUCGGCAGUAAUCAGGGUGUUGCGCAUCCACUAGCGGAUGCGUAUAUGCGCCUCGAGGCUGCUAAGUUGGCGACGUACCAUGCGGCGCGCCUAUACGACGCAUCGAAGAAUGAUGCGAGCAUCCGACAAGAUGCGGUUGGUAUUGCCGCCAAUAGCGCAAAGUAUGUUGCUGCCGAGGCGGCAUUCAAUGCCUGCGAAAAGGCGGUUCUUGCUCAUGGAGGAAUGGGUUAUGCUGUUGAGUAUGAUGUCGAGAGGUGGUUCAGGGAGUGUCUUGUGCCGAGGAUUGCGCCUGUCAGUAGAGAGAUGAUAUUGAAUUACGUGGGCGAGAAGGUACUGGGUCUACCAAGAAGCUACUAGCUCACAAAUUGCAAGAUCAAUACCGUUGUAGAUGGGAGAGAUAGCGAUCUAGCACCCAAACGCUACCUGUUACUGGGAUUUGAAGAAAGACACGUCUUCAUCUCAUCACACACCAAAUUUGCUACAAAAACUGCAUGUAUUUAUCGACGUUCAAGGUAUUGAGACGUAGAUCGUCAAGGUCG